GUGACACCAACAAGACAGUGAAAAAUACUAUCUGGAACAUUGUCAGUGAUUAUCCUCUGUCGGUUUCCAGACAACACGGCUGGCGUUGUGACUCGACGCUCAGGCUUCCAGCAGCGGGUGCAGGACGUCUAUUUUCUUCCUAUUUUGCUUGAAGACAGUGGUUACCCUGCCCAGAGCAGCACAGCCACCCUCACUAUCCGAGUGUGUUCCUGUGAGGCACAAGGAUUGCUGCUUACCUGCUCAGCUGAGGCCAUGUUCCUGCCUGUGGGCCUCAGUACUGGAGCUCUGAUGGCUAUUCUGUUAUGUGUAGCUCUGCUGAUUGUUAUGGCUACAUUAUACAUUGGCCAGAAGCGCCACAAAGAGAAAGAGACCCUAAUGACAUCAAAAGAGGACAUCCGUGAUAAUGUCAUUCAUUAUGACGAUGAGGGCGGUGGUGAGGCGGACACCCACGCCUUUGAUUUAGGCACUCUGCGCAGCACACACUCCCAGUGCACCAGCAGUCACAGAAGCACCUCCAAGAAAGAAAAAAAUGGCUACGGAGACGGGGUUCUGCUGCAUCUCAGCAGUCGAUGUGACGACAUCAGGUCACGUGACAUCCAUCAUCAAACAGCCAUGGUGAUCACUGCCAUGAACAACAAGACCCCACUCUCUUCUCAUGGCAAAAUGACUGAGGGAAAUGCUGAAAUGAUCAGGGAGUUCAUCGAACAGCGGCUAGAGGAGAAUCAGCAGGGUUACACCACCCUGCCCUAUGACUCACUGGCGACCUACACCUACGAGGGUGAUGGCUCAGUGACUGGCUCACUAAGCUCCAUAGAAGAGUCAUGGGUAAUUGACAAUUCAGGGGAUUUUAGCUCCCUUGGUGAAUGGGAGCAGCCAUUCAAAACACUGGCAAGUAUCCUGGAUAAAAAGUCGCCUACACUGACAGAGAAGAGCUGAGAGGAAGUUGGAAAGCACAGAGAUAUUGGGAAGCCAUGUUGGAAUGAUCUUUUAUUCCUAGACAUGUUUUUUUUGUUGUUGUUUUUUUACCGUGAAUGAUGUUGAGGAAUUUUUAGAAAGCUGUCUAUGUGAAGUAGAGUUGUGGAUUGUUUAGCUAGAGAGCAGGGAAUCUAGCAGGUGCUUCUCAAGAGUGCCUGGCACUAUAUGUAUUGCAAUUAAUUUUACUUAAUAAAUAAAUAUUCAUCUGUUUUGAUUUCCAUA